UAUUUACCAUGAAAACCUCAAAUUUAUGCUUAUAGAGAGUCCCAUUUUCACUGGCUUCGGUGUUUCCCUCUUAAUCUUUGGCGCGCGAUUUUUGAAAAGUAAACCCUCUACGCUUAACCCUUAAAUUUCUCAUUUUUCCAUCGAUCAAUGUUUGGUGUAGUUGAAUUUUAGAUUCAAAAGUAAGGAAGUAAGUUCUUUUUCUGAGAAGUGAGGAUAGAGUAAUAGACGGAGAUGAAGUUCAAGGCAUUUCUGACUGAGAAUGGAGUAAGUCUCCUGGAGAGGAGAUUUCUUCCAGCCUUAGACAAAAUGGGGAAAAUAUGCCACCUCUUCCUCACUAGAGAUCAUGCAUUCUUCCUUCACAAUCUUCUCAGUGGUGAUGGGAUUCAAUGCAUUGCACAGUUUCACAAAGAAACUCUAUUCGAUGAUUAUCGCAUCUCAAGCCAGAAUGAGGACCGCAUCGCCUUUGCGGUGGACAUAUCUAUUCUCCAACGUGCAGUCCGCAGCAGUGUCAGCAUUUGUUCUGAAUUUGGCGGAGGUGACUCCACUCCUAAUCGCCUCCAGAUAAAGUUGGUGAAGAAGCUGCCUCCAAAUUGUACACAACCAAUGCCUUUCCUUACAUUUGAAACCAAAGGGUAUAAAUCGGCUGUAAUCCAAGACGUCCCGAUUUCAAAACCAUUGUCAAGGGCUCAAGUUCUUGAGCUUCAAACUGCUCUAGAUAUGGCUCAAGAUUUGCCUCAGACUCUGGUUCAGGUUCCAGAUUUAAAUCAGUUGCAGAAUUAUGUAGACAGGAUGAAGCAUGUUGGAGAUUUACUUAAUGUCUUUAUAAGCAAGUAUGGUGAUCUGCAUGUACAAAUUUCGACGACUCUUAUCAGACUUGGCACUGAGUUCAGAAAAUUGCUGGUUAUUGGAGAGCAAGCUGUUGCUCCAACUGAUGAACAACAUCUCAGUGCUCAGAGCCGAUCAGAGAGAGCAGUUUUGCGGGGAGAUGCUCAGUCUGUACAAGUGAGUGUCAAACAUUUUUCCAAGAGUCUCCAGUGUCACCUGGCAAAGCCAGAUUGUGCAUUCUAUGGGAUUCUUGCACAGGGUGCUUGCUUGACUGUUAUAUUCCAGUUUUUCAUUCCAGGUACACGUCAGACAGAUAAAUCAAUCAGUUUACAUUGCAGACUUCCAGUAAUCAAUCCUGGCUGAUAGCCAACCAGCCCAACCUGGUCCUCUUUAGUGGAAGUUUUGUGAUGAUGUAGUUGCUCGAAGCUAUUCAUUUGACUUAAAAGUUUCUGAAAGUGUUUUUGGGAUGUUUUGCACUUCUUCAUUAAAUGCCCUAUCGUAUGACAUGUUCGGUUUCUAGACUGUUAACAAUGACAUAAAAAUCAGAAGAAAGUACACGUACUUGUUGACUUUGUAUUCCCAUAAAGAAGUGCUGGUUUGCUUCAAUUUAUUUGAGACUGCAGAUUGAGGUCCUGAUGUGUUUUCUGGUAGUUUGCAGGGGAUUGCGUUGAUGUAUGACUUAAAACGUCUGAUUGCCAAGGAGAGUAAUACAGUGGCCGUGUAAACUAUGAAUCUGGAGUCUGUAGACAAUGAAUUAAUUAAAACUUGAAAGCAGCUUCUCCUUACUGAAUUUAGAUAGUUUGCAUAUAGAAA